AUGGCAAGAGCAACUCUUACAUUGUCACUGAUUUUCGUCUCGCUCUUUUUCGUUCCGACCAAGAUUGAGUCGGCUAAAGUGGCAGCCACCGAUCCGGCCACCGAUCCGGCCACCAAUUUCAUUAAAGCCUCGUGCAGAGCCACCACGUAUCCCGUUGUCUGUGUCCAAUCAUUAUCAAUAUACGCACCGUCUAUUCAACGAAGCCCGCGCCAACUGGUACAAACGGCCUUAUCCGUAAGCCUCGAGCGGGCUGAAUCUACUAAAACAUUCGUAUCCCGACUCACAAAAUUCAGAGGACUUAAGCCCAGAGAACGUGCAGCCAUCAAAGACUGCUUCGAGGAGAUGAGUGAUAACGUGGACCGCCUAAGCAAGUCGAUCAAGGAGCUGAAGAGCAUGGGCACGGCCCGUGGGAAGGAGUUCAUAUGGCACAUGAGUAACGUGGAGACAUGGAUUAGCGCUGCCCUCACUGAUGACAGUACCUGCCUUGAUGGGUUUUCAGGCCGGGCCUUAAAUGGAAGGAUUAAGUCCUCAAUUAAGGGCCGAAUGACUAAUCUAGCUCAGGUCACUAGCAACGCUCUAGCACUUUGCAAUCAUUUUGGUGAAAAGUAUUAA